CUCUACGCUUUUCAUUCAACUCCAAUUCCUCGACCACCCAACCUCUUCAAAAUGUUCCGAACAGCUCUCCUCAGAUCAGCACGCAGUGCUACCAGCCAAGCCGUUCGAAUCUCAGGGACAAUUGCGCGCCCAAGUCUCUCAAGCUCUGUUGUCACAAAGUCCCGAUUUGCCCCGUCUGCUUUCCAAGCUGCUAGAUGUUACUCUGCUGCCGCAGGUCUCUCAAAGACAGAGGUUGAGGGCAGAAUAGUUGAUUUACUGAAGAACUUCGAUAAGGUUUCUGAUGCAUCCAAGCUCUCACCUACUUCGCAUUUCUCGAAUGAUCUUGGGUUGGACAGCUUGGAUACCGUUGAGGUUGUGAUGGCGAUUGAGGAGGAAUUCAGCAUUGAGAUCCCAGAUAAGGAGGCAGAUGCCAUCCACAGCGUUGACAAAGCCGUUGAGUACAUUCUUAGUCAACCAGAUGCUCACUGAGUGAUGUUGCUUGUAUAUUAGGAGAGUAUGAGAGAGAGGAGAUAUUGGAGAAAGAUGAGCGAGACAUGGCCAUGAACGACAUCUUAUGGGGGAAUUCUGUACAGAUCAAUGUGCUCCUUGAAGCACAUCGAUUCUAUGCAACUGUAAAAUUGCUUAGAACACUUUCCUCUACCAUCACAGCUGUUUUGAUAAGUGAACGCAAAUAUAUCCGGUUCGCAUGGCCCAAAUUCAUUCCUGCGAACCACUAGCUUGCCC